UUAUUAAAAAUCAGGGUUGACAGUUUAACAGGCGCAUUAUGGUUCAGAAAUCCCCUGGGGCAUUUUAACAUUUUAAACUCUUUUUUGGAUGUUCGCUUUACCAAAUGAGCUGACUCCCUGUCAUAUCUCCACUCUACCCUGCCCGGGCACUGAUUUUAGAAGUGUCACUCUUACUAUACCAAAAAGUCAGGUACCCAAGGUCGAAUACUAUCCAAAGUCAGAUAGUCCAAGGGCUUUCCUUGGUGAGAUGGAGGAAGAGGAAGGGUGGGAAAAUCAGCUCAGGUGAGAUGAAUUCACCAAAGCAUCCAGGAUGGUUUGCCACCUUUGUGAGCAGCACGGGAAACAGGUUGGUCCAACUUCCUAGCACACCAAAGGGGGCAGCAGUGCAUCUGUAAAAUGCUUUGUAAAUUUUGUGAUAAUUUCUGUUUCUACUCUCGUUCGUUGAUAAUCUCAAGUGCUCUGGUGUGCCCCGAAAUGUUGACACAAUCCAACAGACAGCUAUGCGGAAGUUUGCUUGUUAGCUACCCGAAAUCAUUUCCAUUAGCUCUUUACAUAAAGCCGCAUUUGAUAUUCUUCAAUAAGCCCUCACACAUUUGCCCCUGAGCAUCACUUGCACAGCAGCCCUGACCUUUGAAAUUAAACUGAAGCAUUCUUAGAGUGUUAGUCCGCCUCCAGAACGGUCUAUUCAGUCCUGUGGCUUCUCCAACAAACUGGAGCCUGGGAUGCUGAGAAAGUGAAACCAAGAUGGAGUGGCAGAUUGAGUACUCCGGUGGCACCUGGAACACAGAGCAGUUCCACCUGCUUGGCCAGUCUGUGAUUCCUCCCUCCUGCUGUUCAAGAGCCCCAGUGAAAACUUGAGUGAGAUGAGAGAGUGCAGGGACUGCCAGCCUCCCCACUGCACCCCCACCCUCCACACAAACACAUUAACUUUCCACUUACAGUGACCUGCCUGCCAGUGUGACUUAUCAGCUGUUCCGGGUUUGUCACUAAUAGAAAACAAAUUGUGGAAUGUACUGCUCUGCAUGUUAACGAAAUGGCUGAGCCAGCUCAGGGGUUAUGAGAAGGUUUGCAAAUUAAGAGAAUAAUGAUCUUCGGUUUCUGACCUCCUGGCACGGCAGCAGUAUUUAUCAGGAGGCGCAUGUGACUGGUUAAGACACACAGCCCCAGCUUGAAGGAAACAGCUGCUGGCGGCAUGCUCCGGGACUUGGCAGCUGGACAGGCAGGGUGCUGAUGUGAGGAAUACCGCGACAAAACCGCCCCAGUUCUCCAACUUACUUAUUAUUCAAGAUGGAUAAAAAGUUCUGUAGACUGUGUUCCCACUGCAUUUUCCAAUGAUGAUAAGUGCCCUUAAAAUUCUUUCAGACCUGGAUAUCUAUCUGUGUGAAACUGAUAGAGUCUUGAAGUAUAACUAAGGACAGAGACCACCACUAGGCACAAACAUCCCCAACUUGCAUGAUUAUAGAGAUGGUCUGUCUGAUGCUGAAAAUGUCUCUAGUGUUUUGACAACGGCUAAAUAACCAUGGGGUCCAGCGGACUUGGGAAAGCAGCAACAUUAGAUGAACUGCUGAGUACUUGCAUUGAGAUGUUUGAUGACAAUGGAGAGCUGAAUAAGAGUUAUUUGCCAAGAAUAGUUCUACUGAUGCACCGAUGGUAUUUAUCUUCCACCGAACUGGCAGAAAAACUUCUCUGCAUGUAUCGAAGUGCCAGUGGAGAAAACUGUGAUGAAUUUCGACUAAAGAUCUGCUACUUCAUAAGGUACUGGAUUCUGAAGUUUCCUGCGGAGUUUAAUUUGGACCUUGGUUUGAUCCGUAUGACUGAGGAAUUCCGGGAAGUAGCUAGUCAACUAGGAUAUGAAAAACACAUCAGCCUCAUCGACAUAUCCAGCAUUCCUUCCUAUGACUGGAUGAGAAGAGUCACACAGAGGAAAAAAGUAUCCAAGAAGGGAAAAGCCUGUCUGCUGUUUGACCAUCUGGAGCCCAUUGAAUUGGCUGAGCACCUCACUUUUCUGGAGCAUAAAUCUUUUAGAAGGAUCUCAUUCACCGAUUACCAAAGCUAUGUCAUCCAUGGCUGCCUGGAGAAUAACCCAACUUUGGAGAGAUCUAUUGCUUUAUUUAAUGGAAUCUCUAAGUGGGUCCAGUUGAUGGUUCUUAGCAAACCAACUCCCCAGCAAAGAGCAGAAGUCAUCACAAAGUUCAUCAAUAUUGCCAAGAAGCUCCUUCAGCUCAAAAAUUUUAACACCUUGAUGGCGGUGGUGGGAGGCCUUAGUCAUAGUUCCAUUUCACGCCUCAAAGAGACCCAUUCUCAUCUUUCUUCUGAAGUUACAAAGAACUGGAACGAAAUGACAGAGCUGGUCUCUUCCAACGGCAAUUACUGCAAUUACCGCAAAGCCUUUGCCGACUGCGACGGCUUCAAAAUCCCCAUCCUUGGCGUCCACUUGAAAGACUUGAUAGCAGUCCAUGUCAUUUUCCCAGACUGGACAGAGGAGAACAAAGUGAAUAUUGUGAAAAUGCACCAGCUCUCCGUUACCCUGAGUGAACUGGUCUCCCUACAGAAUGCCUCUCACCACUUAGAACCCAACAUGGAUUUGAUCAACCUGCUCACGCUUUCUCUGGACCUCUAUCACACAGAAGAUGAUAUUUACAAACUGUCACUGGUGCUGGAGCCUAGAAAUUCUAAAUCGCCUACCUCCCCUACGACUCCCACCAAGCCCGUGGUGCCCCUGGAGUGGGCAUCAGGAGUGAUGCCAAAGCCAGACCCCACGGUCAUCAACAAGCACAUAAGGAAAUUAGUUGAGUCUGUGUUUAGAAACUAUGACCAUGACCAUGAUGGGUACAUCUCCCAAGAGGACUUUGAAAGUAUAGCUGCCAAUUUUCCCUUCUUGGAUUCCUUCUGUGUGCUGGACAAAGAUCAGGAUGGCCUAAUAAGUAAAGAUGAAAUGAUGGCUUACUUCCUGAGAGCUAAGUCCCAACUGCACUGUAAAAUGGGACCAGGAUUUGUCCAUAAUUUUCAGGAGAUGACCUAUCUCAAGCCAACCUUCUGCGAACACUGUGCAGGAUUUCUCUGGGGCAUAAUCAAGCAAGGAUACAAAUGCAAAGACUGUGGAGCCAAUUGUCACAAACAGUGCAAAGACCUCCUGGUUCUGGCCUGCAGGAGAUUUGCCCGGGUGCCCUCCUUGGGCAGUAGUCCUGGCUCGCUGCCUGGAAGCCCCUCAUUGCCCCCAGUGCAGGAUGAAGUGUUCGAGUUCCCUGGUGUUGCUGCUGGACACCGAGACCUGGACAGCAGAGCCAUCACACUGGUUACAGGCUCUUCUCGCAAGAUUUCUGUGAGGCUGCAGCGGGCCACCACGAGCCAGGCUACCCAGACCGAGCCUGUAUGGUCUGAGGCUGGCUGGGGGGACUCAGGGUCCCACACCUUCCCCAAAAUGAAAUCCAAGUUCCAUAACAAAGCAGCUAAGGACAAAGGCUUUGCCAAGUGGGAAAAUGAGAAGCCCAGGGUGCAGGCUGGUGUGGAUGUUGUUGACAGGGGCACCGAGUUCGAACCCGACCAGGAUGAAGCAGACAUGGGUGCGACCAGACAGGAUGGUGAGGAUGGCUGACUUCAGGCUGAGGAUAUUGAAGGCAAUAACGUUGGCAUUUAGAAGAAGCAAGAUAAGAAACUCUGAAGAACACUUCAACUCUCAGGAACUUAUCUGGAAGUUUACUGCCUUGUGCCACCGUGGGCUCUCCCUAACAGGACUAAGGGACAGAAGAUUUAUCUACCCUAUGAACUAUUUAUUUCGUUCUCCCCUGCCCUGAGUCAGGUGCCGCGAAGAUCAUGUUCUGUAGUUGGUAAUUUUCUCAUGUAUCUUUCUCUAGAGCCAUUUGUAUACGGGUCAAAUGAAAGCUUUUGUGCAUGUGCUUGAUACUCAUUCUCUAAACUCAGACUUUGCUUUUUUUGUGAGAAUAUUAUUUCAGUAUUUUUAUAAACUUUUGGGAGGGAGUUUAACAAGGAGUCAAUUUAAAAGUC